AUGAUCUUCAAGCACCUUACUGCUGGCCCGAGCCUCCCAUGGUGGACGAAGCUACAGAUUUUCCUCCUCUCUCUCGCCUCCGACUACGUUCGCCGCCCCGACGGGACCCUCAACCGCCGCCUGCUCUCUCUCGUGGAGCUCAAGACCCAUCCCAACCCCACCCCCGUCGGCGGCGUCCGCACGGCCGACUUCACCAUCGACCCCGCUCGCGGACUCUGGGUCCGCCUCUUCCUGCCCGCCUCCGAUGGCGGCGCCGGGGGGACGGCACUGCCCGUGGUCGUGUUCUUCCACGGUGGCGGCUUCGCGUUCCUCUCGGCCUCGUCCGCUGCGUACGACGCCGUGUGCCGCCGAUUCUGCAGGAAGCUCUCCGUGGCCGUGGUCUCCGUCAACUAUCGCUUGUCGCCGGAGGAACGGUUCCCCGCCCAGUACGACGACGGGCUUGACGUCCUCCAUUUCCUCGAGUCCAAUGUUGACAUCCCCGGCGGGGGCCUCCUCCGGGAAUUCUUCGAGGCGGCCGACCUCUCCAACUGCUUCAUCGCCGGCGACAGCGCUGGGGCCAACAUAGCUCACCACGUCGCCCGGCGGUGGAGCGCCGGGGAGCGCCCCUCGGAGGCUCGGAUCAGGCUAUCGGGGCUCAUCGCCAUUCAGCCCUUUUUCGGCGGCGAGGAGCGAGUGGACUCGGAGAUCCGCUUCCCCCACGGGCCCAUCGUGACCACCGACCGCACGGAUUGGCUCUGGAAGGCGUUCCUCCCCGACGGCGCCACCCGGGACCACGAGGCGGCGAACCCCGAGGCCGCGGCGGCCGACCUAGGGGAGAGCUUCCCGCCGGUCGUGGUGAUGGUGGGUGAGUUCGACCCGCUGCGGGAUUGGCAGCUAAUGUACUUCCGUAGCCUACGGUUGAGGGGGAAGGAGGCGGAGGUCAUCGAGUACGGCGGCGCCAUACACGCUUUCAACUUAUUCCCGGAGCUCAAGAGCUCGGCUGUGCUGAUCGAAGACUUGAGGAGCUUUAUCCUCCGGCAGGUCCGCCGGCGGCAGAAUGGCGGCGCCGUCGACGCUGCGGCUCAGUGA